AUGGAUAUUGAGCCGACCAAGCAGGUCAAAUAUGUCGCCUGCAGAUUGAGGAGUGGAGCGAGUGCGUGGUGGACUCAAUUACUGCAAAUGCGGCAAAGGGAGGGAAAAGGCCCAGUCCGUAGCUGGGUACGGAUGAGGCAGCUACUUCGAGCACAAUUCCUACCGACCGAUUUUGAACAAAUCCUAUAUAUGAAGUAUCAGCAGUGUGUGCAAGGCAAUCGGUCAGUAAGUGAGUACACGGAAGAGUUUCAUCGAUUAAGCGCUCGAAACAAUCUCAAUGAGUCCAUGAACCAGCUGGUAGCCAGAUAUAUCGGGGGACUUAAAUAUAGUAUUCAAGACCGGCUGGAAUUAAAUGCGAUCUGGUCACUGUCGCAAGCCAUCAAUUUCGCUUUAAGGGCAGAGAUACAACUAAGCCGCACAUCCAGAUCAACAUUCACUCGAAGACCAACUCCUGAUCCAGUGGCCGAAGCUUCAAGGGGGAGCUCCCUUCAAUUCCAAAAUAUAGGCAGUGGCUCACUGUUGCCAACGCCUUCACAGUCCAAGCAGCCAGCCACUGUUUCAUCAAUUGCGGAUGCCAAAGCACAGCCCAAAGCCAAAGCUCCUCAGCAGAAUAAUCCCUAUGCGAAGCCUGGCACUCUAAAAUGUUUCCGUUGUUUUCAGCCGGGUCAUAAGUCGAACGAAUGUCCUCAGCGACAACAACUGCAACUAUUGGAAAAUGAAGAAGGAGAACACUCGCUAGAGCCUGAUGAGCAGGGGGAUCGUGAUGUAGACGAACUGGAGGGUGAUGACGGUGAACCAGUAAUCUGUGUUAUUGAAAAACUGCUAAUCGCUCCUAAGCAUCAAAACACUUCUCAACGCCACGCAAUUUUUAAAACCCGAUGUACCAUAGCCGGAAAAGUAUGUGAUCUGCUUGUGGACAGCGGCUGUACCGAAAACAUGAUUUCCCGAUCAGUAGUUCAGGCAUUGCAGUUGAAAACAACAAAGAAUCCCCAACCUUAUAAAAUUAGUUGGGUCAAGAAAGGAAUUGAUAUUCCAGUUUCUGAAAUGUGCCAAGUUACUUUUUCUAUAGGCCGCUUGUACGUAUGCGAUGUCCUCUGUGACGUUUUAGACAUGGAUGGCCAAUCAUACUCACUUGAGUGGAAAGGUAGACGACUCAAGUUGCUUCCAGGCGUCCGUGAAAACAAGCCUUCUGCUGCUGCUGCUGGUCAAUCUACUUCUGCGGCAAUGCAGUUAGUCUCAGGACCCAAUCUACUCCUCACUUGGAAGGAGGCUGAUCCGUUGUGGGCAGUGGUUAUCACCGAACCGUUUGUUCCAAACUCCCUAGAACUUCCUGGGGAGGUACAGAAAUUACUGCAGGAGUUUCAGGACGUCUGUCCUAGUGAGUUACCGGACACUCUGCCACCCCUCAGCAAUAUUCAACACCAGAUAGACCUUGUACCUGGAGCGGUCUUACCAAAUCUGCCCCACUACAGAUUGAAUCCCAGGGAACAGCAAGUAUUGCAAACCAUUAUUGAAGACCUCCUGAAGAAGCAGCUUAUCCAGUCCAGUAUCAGCCCAUGUGCUGUUCCAGCACUGUUGGUACCCAAGAAAAAUGGUGAAUGGCGUUUAUGCGUUGAUAGUAGAGCCAUAAACAAGAUCACCGUAAAAUACAGAUUUCCAGUGCCUCGGAUCGACGAACUGUUAGAUGAAUUGGAAGGCGCUAGUAUUUUCUCAAAGCUGGACUUGCGUAGUGGUUAUCAUCAGAUCAGAAUUCGUCCAGGCGACGAAUGGAAGACAGCUUUUAAGACAGGAUCCGGUUUGUAUGAAUGGCGCGUCAUGCCUUUCGGCCUUUGCAACGCUCCCUCCACGUUUAUGAGAAUGAUGCAAGACAUUCUCAAGCCGGUUUGGGGAAAAUUCUGUAUUGCUUACUUUGACGACAUCCUAGUUUACAGUGAUACGUUGCUGCAGCAUGUUGAUCACCUCAAACAGCUCUUCGUUAUCUUAAGGGACAAUCGGUUGUUUCUCAACUUACCGAAAUGCGAGUUCGCUACCUCUCAGGCACAUUUUUUGGGCUUCGUGGUGUCCAAAACCGGAGUUCAAAUGAACCCCGAUAAGGUCGCAGCAAUACAAAAUUGGCCAACUCCCCAGUCUUUUUUUGAGGUGCGUAGUUUUCAUGGGUUAGCGAAUUUUUAUCGCAAAUUUAUUAAGGGCUUCAGUGUGAUAAUGAGCCCUAUAACGGAUUGUCUUAAAUCCAAAAACUUCGUCUGGGGAGAACAACAACAACAUAGCUUCACUGCCAUUAAGGAGGCGCUCACGUCUGCCCCGGUUCUAAGACUACCUAGCUUCGACAAGCUUUUUAUGGUAGAAACUGAUGCCUCUUCGAUCGGUAUUGGAGCUGUUUUGUCGCAGGAGGGUAGACCCGUGGCUUACCUCAGUGAAAAACUUUGCCCGUCUCGUCAACGCUGGUCGGCCUAUGAACAAGAGCUGUAUGCACUGGUUCGCGCUUUGAAGCAGUGGGAACACUACCUCCUACACCAGGAGUUCAUUUUGUGCACCGACAACAAGGCCCUUUAG